AUGAAGUUCUCCGCUGCUGCCCUUGUCCUCGCCGCCGGCGCCAUGGCCCACAAGAACGUCACCUACGUUACUGAGGUCGUCUCUUCGUACACCACCUACUGCCCUGGUCCCACUGUCAUCACCCACGCUGACAAGACCUACACCAUCACCUCGGCCACCACCCUGACCAUCACCGACUGCCCUUGCACCGUCACCAAGCCCAUCAUCACCUCCUCUGUGGUCAAGUGCGACAACUGCGUUCACCCCACCAAGAACGCCACUCUCCCCGUCGCCACCCCCCCUGUCAGCAAGACCACCAUUGCCGGCACCGCCGCUAUCACUCCCACCAAGCCCAUCUCGGUCCCCACCGCCGGUGCCGGCAAGGCCGCCGCCCUCUCCGGUGCCGGCUUGGCCGGUGUCCUCGGUCUCGCUGCUUUCGUUCUCUAA